CCGUCAAUCUAUCAUUUGAGCAUGAUAUAAAUAAUGAAUUCUCCGAAACCCUAAUUCUCUUCUUCAUCAUUUACAUUGGCCACAGAAACACACCCUUGGCGGCAGUUAUCACCGUUCACUGGGAACCUUCAUCGGCUAGUCUAAAAUGUCUUUGGUUGCGAACGAAGAAUUUCAGCACAUUCUGCGUGUGUUGAACACAAAUGUUGAUGGAAAGCAGAAGAUCCAGUUCGCAAUGACCUCAAUCAAGGGUAUUGGAAGAAGAUUUGCUAACAUCUGCUGUAAGAAAGCUGAUGUUGACAUGAACAAGAGGGCUGGUGAAUUGAGUGCUGCAGAGUUGGAUAAUAUUAUGACAGUGGUUGCGAAUCCUCGUCAAUUUAAGGUUCCAGAUUGGUUUUUGAACAGAAAGAAGGAUUACAAGGAUGGGAAAUUCUCUCAGGUUGUCUCCAAUCAACUCGACAUGAAGUUGAGAGAUGAUUUGGAGAGACUCAAGAAGAUCCGUAAUCAUCGUGGUUUGAGGCACUACUGGGGCCUUCGUGUUCGUGGUCAGCAUACCAAGACUACUGGCCGCAGAGGAAAGACAGUUGGUGUGUCAAAGAAGCGUUAAGCUGUUAUGUUUUGACUUGGAGAUUAGAUGAUUUUGAGGAAGCAUAUUUUAAGCUUAUUAUUAGACAUGUUUCCUAUACAGACUUUGUAUGGUUGUUAAAUGCUGCGACUAUUUCAAUUUUAUUUGAAUUCUGUUAAAAGUGUCUUUUUUUCUUAUUUGUUGAAUGAUAUUGGUGUUUAUUCCCGUUGGUUCUUAGCAUAGUAAUGAUAUUUCUCAAAUAAAAAUAA